UGCCCAUAGUGUAGCCGCCAAGCGGAGGCAUGGCUGCCGGAAGGUUACUGCUCUAUACGGGGCUUUCGCUAGCGCUCUGCGCCCUCGGCAUGUUGGCUGUGGCCAUCUGCUCCGACCACUGGUACGAGACGGACGCCAGGAAGCACAGGGACAGGUGCAAGGCCUUCAACACCCGCCGGGUCGACCCCGGCUUCAUUUACAACAACAACAACAACUUGCCUCUGCGCGCCAGCCGCUCGCGCCUGGACCGCUGGGAGGGCAAACUCCUCCGGGCCCGGAAUCGCCGGCAGCUGUUCGCCAUGAGCCCCGCGGACGAGUGCAGCCGGCAAUACAACUCCACCAACAUGGGCCUCUGGAGGAAGUGCCACCGGCAGGGCUUCGACCCGGAGAUCGCCGCCCUCAUACGGAAAGGAGAAAUUGAGAGAUGCACGUACAUUAAGUACCACUACUCCUCAGCAACCAUCCCCAGGAACCUCACAUUCAACAUCACGAAGACCAUUCGCCAGGAUGAGUGGCAUGCCCUGCAUCUGCGUAGGAUGACAGCCGGCUUCAUGGGCAUGGCGGUGGCCAUCAUCCUCUUCGGCUGGAUCAUCGGCGUCCUGGGCUGCUGCUGGGACCGAGGCCUUAUGCAGUAUGUGGCGGGGCUUCUUUUCCUCAUGGGAGGAACCUUCUGCAUCAUUUCACUGUGCACCUGUGUGGCUGGGAUCAACUUUGAGCUAUCACGUUAUCCGCGCUACCUAUACGGACUCCCGGAUGACAUCAGCCAUGGCUACGGAUGGUCCAUGUUCUGUGCAUGGGGGGGCCUGGGCCUCACGCUAAUCUCGGGAUUCUUCUGUACCUUGGCCCCCUCUGUCCAACCUGUCCCGAGGACCAACUGCCCUAAAUCCAGACCAGAGAAUGGGACAGUGUGCUAA